AUGCAUUGUGGUGGAGGUCGUUCUGCUCCAUUACCUCCUCCAGUAAAUAACACCCUCGAUUACUGGAUCUAUCUUCCCACUGAUUGCUCAUGGUUCAUUUCGUUCAUCAAGAAUGCAGCAGACCGUGAUGAGAACAUUACCAUAUUCCAGUAUAAUGAAUAG